AAGUAUUCACGGUCCUGCCAGUCGCGACCGUAAUGCCUAGCAGGAUUCUGCAGCACCACGUCGCACACGCCAAGGCUAAUAAGAAGGAACAACGCCUCGCAGUAACCAACCGGACCCAUGGUCAUCAGGUGAAGCUCAGUACGGCGGUGCUCAACCAGCAGUACCCGAAUCUAUCAGCUGGCGGAAGUGAUGGCCGAACGGUGAGGCCCCCAGAUGGCUAUCGUCCUCAAGCUUAAGCGAUCUAAAAGCAAAGAGAAUAUCAUCCUGAGAACAGCCAAACUCGACAACAUGUUCGCCGCAGAUCUCCUACUGGAAAUCCUCAAAA